AUGGCAAACAACAACCUCACCUUCAAAAAGAUCGUCAACAAGCUCUCCGCGCCCGAUGCAUACCAGCGCCUACGCUCUAGCAACUACGACGACGCCAUCCCCCUCCUGCGUGCUGAGCCCCGCGAUCCUCCGCCGUACUCGCAAGAGGACCCGCAGCAGGAGGUGCCGGUAUACACGAGCUUUCGAGAUGAGCAGGCUGAGGAGCAGCAGCGGAGGGAGAAGAUACUGUGCACCGCGGACCGGUUGGCGGUUGGAAUGGGGCUGGAGUAUAAGAAGCGCGAGGUCAUUCUGAAGCGGUCGAGCUCGAGCGCUGGGACGGGCGAGAGCGCGUAUAAGAGAGCGGGGGGUGGAGGCAGGUCGGGGAGUAGGAAAAACUGA